GAGGUGGCAGCAGCCGCCCGGGGACGUGGGUUCCCGCUCGCUCUCUUGCCGCUGCCAUGGUUCCAGUCCGCUCGGGCCCGGCCUGGUGGCGUCUCCUCAGCUUGGCCGUUUUCGGCCCCAUCCUCUGCGGCCGAUCGGGCCGAGCUGAACCGGAGUCGGGUCCUGACCUGGGCCCGACAGCGGCGGAGGCUGACCCGCACGGGCGGCACCUUUACAACGCGGAGAUGCUGCGGCACGGCGCUGCCGCCGCUCCCCACUUCGUCAUGUUCUUCGCCCCGUGGUGUGGACACUGUCAGCGUCUCCAGCCUACUUGGAAUGAUUUGGGAGAUAAAUACAACAACAUGGAAAACCCACAGGUCUAUGUGGUUAAGCUGGAUUGUACUGCAGAUACCCCUCUCUGCUCUGAAUUUGGUGUCAGAGGGUACCCUACCCUGAAACUGCUCAAACCAGGACAAGAACCUCUGAAAUACCAAGGCCCUAGAGAUUUUCAGGCACUGGAAAACUGGAUGUUGGAGCAACUAAAUGAGGAACCAUCUGAUCCAGAAUCUGAUGUGGAACCACCAAAAGCCCCUGAACCUAAGCAGGGAAUGUAUGAGCUCUCAGCAGACAAUUUCAAGACGCACAUAGCAGAAGGCAAUCAUUUCAUCAAAUUCUUUGCCCCUUGGUGUGGUCACUGCAAGGCUUUGGCUCCAACCUGGGAACAGCUGGCUCAAGCUUUUGAGCAUUCCAAAACCGUCAAGAUUGGCAAGGUUGACUGCACACAGCAUUAUGAAGUUUGCUCUGAAGCCCAAGUUCGUGGUUAUCCUACACUCCUCUGGUUUAGGAACGGCGAAAAGGAUGACCAGUAUAAAGGGAAGAGAGACUUUGAUUCCUUGAAGGAAUAUGUGGAUUCCCAGCUACAGAGCUCUGGGAAGGAGCCACCAGCAGAUGAACCUGCUGAAGCCCCACAGCCACCUGCAGAACCCCCUCAUGUUGAGGCUGCUGUGCUGUCUCUUUCUGAGAAAGACUUUGAUGCAACCAUUGCUAGAGGGAUCACCUUCAUUAAAUUCUAUGCUCCAUGGUGUGGUCACUGUAAGAACUUGGCUCCGACCUGGGAGAACCUUGCCAAAGAGCAAUUUCCAGGUUUGACUGAUGUCAAAAUAGCCGAAGUCGACUGCACGGUGGAACGUAACGUCUGCAGCAGAUUUUCUGUGCGUGGUUAUCCUACGCUGCUGCUUUUCCGAGGCGGGAGGAAAGUCAGCGAACACAACGGCACCAGAGACCUCGAAUCGCUGCACAGCUUCGUCCUGCGCCAGGCGAGAGACGAGUUGUAACCAGAGUCUGGCUGCUCCAUCCCUGGCUUGCUGCAGUACCUGAGGGAUGGCAAGCAGUGCUAAUUUUCAAGCAGUGUAUCUGGGGGAGGGAAGGGGAAGUGGGACAUUCUUUUGUUUGUUUUUAGGAAAUGGAAUGUACUAAAUGUUGUUAUCUUCCCUUUGUGUGUGUGUGUGUGUGUUGAAGAUACACUACCCUGUGUGUGAAGGAAAAGUAAUGUCAUUACUGUGCAAACUGAGACUAGUUUCAGCACGAGCGGUACUCUAUUGCAUUGCUGCUUUCCCACAACGAAGUGUAAGUGUUUCCUUUGAACCAGAAUGCAUGAAGAAAAUCAGCCUGAAUGCACCAGUACAGUAUUUUUGCCUUCAAGCUUGAUCUGGUUGAAAAUCCUUACAGACAUCCCACUGUAACUAGAAAGGUAAAAGCUACGACUGUGUCAAGUCACUUUUGCCUCUACAACUGUACUUGAACUGUACUUUGUCUUAACAUAGCUGAAAUGGAGAGUCAGGGAAAGUUGACAACACACACACUCACCCACCUUUGGAAGAUACCAAGGCCACUACAAGUUGUCUGCUCCUGUUAAUCCUCUCAGCAUGGGAGGUCUAGCCAUAAUGAAAGUGAUGGUACUGUAACAUGUGCCUGAGCAUUGCUGAUGCCAUACUGUACGUUUGUCAGGUGGAGGUUGUUCAUGGGCUGCUUCUGUCCAGCUCCAGAGGAGUAAGUGCAGUGCUUCUACAGAGCCCAAGCGAAGCGGUGUUUUUAUAGCUGCUCUGUCAGUAUGAAACGCUCCGUUAGAUUUCAGAGCUGAUGCUGUGUCUCCUGACCUCGCCUCAGUCCAGACCUGCUCCUUAGGCAGAGUAUUUGGAGAACAACGUUUCAUUUUCCUCUGUUCAGCUCUUCUGUACUAGUGUAAAAUAGCUGCCUGCUCCUCCUGAGCCUUCACCUCUUUCCAGGCUGUAAGUUUGAACACCAGGACCAGGCACCCUGUGGGGCCUUGAAUCACAAUAUGGAUCUGUUCUUUGGUGCAUAAGAUGUUCCAUUUCAGACAUAACUGAAAGCCAAAGAAUUUCCACCAGAGAGACUGAGAUUCAAAGACAGCAGAAACCAAGGACUGACUUGUGCACAGAAACUCAUGGAAUGAGGAUGGCUACAGGUGAAUUAACUAAUCUGUCAAGAUGCUGAUUUUUGUCCAUCAUAUGGAGUAGGUUGGGUUGGUUUGGGUUUUUUCUAAAACAACAAAAAAUGGUGAAUCAGCAAUGAAUUUUUUUAAAUCAAUGAAUUCCUUCCAGUACUUCACUGUCUGUCCAGAACUCCUGCUUCUGUUCAAUCUAAAGACGUGUAAAGGUGGAAAAGCCACAGUGCAAGCUGAAAGCGUUGUCCAGGCAGCUGUAGGAGCCGAGUCUCGCUACUUCUGCCUGAAAGGAAGCUUUUAUUACCACGUUUUUACCUACUUUCUAGUGAAGCACAGUCUCAUGAGUUUCUUGUACAAAAUCCAAGUGGUACAAUUGUUUACACAGAGAUUUUUUCCUAAAUAAAGCCUUUUUCAAAAAGAA